AUGAGAGAAAAACAAACAAGUGGUAUCACUCAAGAAAUAAUGAACCAUCGAAUGUCCAAAACAAAUCAAGAUAUGGAAAACUUGGAAAGUAAAACAACGUUAAAGGAAGAUAUAUUCGAUAAGAAACCACCAAUUGAUGAACCAAAUUGGAAAAUCGGGGAAGGUAUUCCUAAAAUGACUUUGGAAAAAGAGGAGAGAUUGAACAAUACCAAACUUAUUGAUAAAGAGAAAAGUAAAUCUGGAAAAAUAACGAAACUAACCCACGAAGAACUCAUGAUGGAAUCACCAAAUGGAAUAAGAAAAAGUAUGAUUGAUCAGGACAAGGUGUCAACAAGUGUUCUAUGGAAUCCCGUGACUGUGAAGAACGGAUCAGUGAUCAAGAGUUAUAAUUCUAUCAAGAGAAAUGAUACUUCCUUGAGGGGUAGCCGUGGUGCCCUUAGAGGAACAGCGAGUGGUACAGUGAAUAGUGCAACAAGUGGCACAAGAGGUAAUUCCAUGAGUGGGACAAGGACCAAUUCGAUGAGUGGCACAAGGACCAAUUCGAUGAGUGGCACAAGGACCAAUUCGAUGAGUGGGACAAGGACCAAUUCGAUGAGUGGCACAAGGACCAAUUCGAUGAGUGGCACAAGGACCAAUUCGAUGAGUGGGACAAGGACCAAUUCGAUGAGUGGCACAAGGACCAAUUCGAUGAGUGGCACAAGGACCAAUUCGAUGAGUGGCACAAGAAGUAAUUGGAUGAGUGGCACAAGAAGUAAUUGGAUGAGUGUACCCCGAAAGGGCCACGCAAAUUUACCCACGAGCAACUCCAGUAAGGACCAUCACAAGCAUAACAUAAAAAAUGACAUCACAGGAGAGAAGCGCGUGAAAUAUUCUGGGCAAAAGAAAGGAACUGCAUCUCUUAGAGACAAAAGGAAAGUGAACACACCCUUGGCACUUUCGUGUUCAGAAAAAGAAAGUAAUACGAAUCAAAGGUUUAUUGAAGAAAAAAAAAGGAAAAGGAAUAACCCCUAUGAGACAUCACGGGAAAGAAAAUUGCACAUUUUAGCAAAAAGGGUUAGAUGCUUAACAUCUUUUGAAACUGACAAUGAUAACAACAGUGAACGUAGAGAUGCAAUAAACACAAUUUCUAAUCUCCCUGAGGAGGGAAUUGGUUCUGUCAAUCCAAGUUCUAACAUGUCUGAGGGGGUAAAAGAUGUAGAAAUUUUAAAUCCGAAUCAUCAGCCAAGCGUAGAAAAUGAAGAGUCGAAUAUUCUACUGCUGCUGACGAGAGAUUUUCGUGUAAAUGAUAAUUGGACAUUAAUAUAUGCACACGAAAUGGGGAUGAAAAAAAAAUGUAACCUCAUAGCAUGUACAUAUAUAGAUAGAAAAGAAAAAGUAACAAACAGGUAUAUUAAUACAAAGUUAAAAAUUUUAAAAAAUUUAGAAAAUGGAUUAAAAAAAUUAAACAUUCCAUUUUAUGUAUUGCCAAUAUAUAUGAUAGAUGAAUUUAUAGAAUUUUUAAAAUCCCACAAAAUAAAAAUAAUAAUAUGUGAUUUUCACGUAUUAGAAGAACAAAGAACAUUUAUUAAAUCACUUUCCCAUUUGUGUAAUAAAAAAAAAAUCAAAAUAUUUCAAAUCGAUUCACAUAAUAUUAUUCCUACAUGGAUUACAUCCAAGGUUGAAGAAUGUUCAGCCAGAACCAUAAGACCAAAAAUACAAUCUCUUUUACCAACGUUUUUAAUUGAAUAUAUUAUAUUAGAACCAUAUCAACAAAAUUUUAAAUUUCCAGAACCCUUUGAUAUCAAUGAUAUGAUAAAAAAACUUACUUUUCAGAACACAUGUCCACCUAUAACUAAUUUUGUAUGUACAGAAAAAAAAGCCCACGAAAUUCUCACUGAUUUCUGCAAAAACACUUUGGACAAGUAUAACGUCAAGAGGAGUGAUCCAAACAGUGAUGUAAGCAAUUUGCUUCUUCCCUACGUAAACUUAGGAGUAAUAUCUGCUCAGAGGUGCGUGUUGGAGGUUAACAAACACGCAAACAGUUUCCCCUCGAUAAACACUGUACGAGGAAAAGAAUCAUUCAAUGACGAUUUGAUAAUGAAAAAAGAAUUGGCUGAAAAUUAUUGUUAUUAUAACAAGAAUUAUGAUAAUUUUAAUGGAGGAAAAGAAUGGGCAAAGGAAAGCUUAAAAAAGCAUGAUGCAGACAAGAGAGAACAUUUAUAUGAUUACGAAGAUUUUAAGAAUGCCAAGACCCAUAAUGAUAUAUGGAACUGUUGUCAAUUGCAACUAAUUAAUGAAGGUGUAAUACAUGAAUAUUUAAAAAUAUAUUGGGCGAAAAAAAUUUUAAACUGGUCAGAAAAUUCCAAAACUGCUUUAAAAUAUGCCAUGGAAUUAAAUAAUGAAUUUUCUUUAGAUGGAAAAACAUCUUCUGGAUAUGUCACCAUUAUGUGGUCUAUCAUGGGAGUGCAUGAUCAAAGUUUGAAUGAGAGGAACAUUUUUGGAAAAAUUCGUUAUAUGAAUUACAAUGGAUGUAAAAGAAGCUUCGACAUGAACAUGUACAUAUCCAAAUAUCCAAAGGGUAGGGAAAAUGCCCAAAUUGUGCAGAAAAUACCAACCAUGACAUUUGCAAGUUAUUUAAAGAAACGAAAAAACUGUACCCUCGCACAAAACCCUGAGUUAAAAAAGGAGAAGCGGUAG